AUGGCCCUCUCCUGGAGCCUCCUCCUGGCCUUCUCAUUGGCCGCCCUGACGUUGUCUCGCGGCGCCGAGCCCGGAGCGCCUCGCGGCAAGAGAAGACAGGCGGGCGGCGGCAACGCCCUGCAGCACCCUCUGCACGGCCUACAGGGCCACCGCUACGGCGGCAGGGGCCGCGGGGGGGGCCAGGGGGGCCUCUACCACAGGGCCCUGCACCCCCUCGCCAGGCCUGAGGAUGACGGCACGGGCCUGGAGAGCUUGAGCCCCGUGAGGCUGGAGGCGGGCCCCCCGGGCCGGGACAGGGACAGACAUCGGAUGAGCAUGAAGAGUCCGGCCCAGACCCGGGAGAACCAGCUCCUGGGGACCCGCAAGGGACGAGGACACGGACACCGCAACGGACACGGACACCACUUUGACCAGAGGAGGCCGGGCGGGCGGCGAGACAAGGAGCGCCACAGGAAAGGGUUUCUUCCGGAGCUCAGCUCCGCGUUUAAGGACAGGGAUUUGUUCGAGGACCCUCCCUCCGUCGUCGCCUCCUCCUCCCUCGGCAUGACCCCGCCCGACGACACCCCCUCCCCCAUCUCCGCCGCCUUCGGCUCCGGCUCCUCCAUGGUUACCACGGUGAUGAACGAGCGUCCCCCAACGCUGCCCCCGGCCUCCACCAAACCCCAGAAGUCCGGAAGAGGAAAGGGACAAGGAGACGUGAUGCCCACGCUGGACAUGGCGCUGUUCGACUGGACCGACUACGAGGACAUGAAACCCGUGGACGCCUGGCCGUCCUCCAGGAAGAAAGACAAGAGGCGGAGUAAGAACCUCAGCAGUGGCAACGUGACGGUGGACGCCGACGCCAUCGAGCCGUGUGACCACCACCUGGACUGCCUCCCCGGGUCCUGUUGUGACCUGAGACAACACGAGUGUCAACCUCACAACAGAGGCCUCAACAACAAGUGCUACGACGACUGCAUGUGUGAGGAAGGGUUUCGCUGCUACGCCAAAUUCCACCGGAAGCGACGCGUGACCCGGCGGAGGGGCCGCUGCGUGGUGCCGGAGACGGUCAGCAGUGACCAGGGAGGCUUCAUCACUAUCUGAGGAGGAGGAGGAGGAGGAGGAGGAGGAGGAGAAUAUUAAAGAAGAAAAAGGAAGAGAAAUAAAAGGAAGAGGAUGACAAGGAAGAAGAAAAAUGUAGUGGAAGAAGAAGAACAAGAGUGGAGUGGAGAGGAGGAGGAGGAGGAGGAGGAAGUGUCUCCACGACAUCUCCGUGCAGCCAUGACAUCACAUGACGCCGCUACCAUGACGACGCUCGGUGCUGAAAGCUGCUGCUUUUGUAACCUCCAUCCCACAAUGUCAAACCGUUGCAUUGUGGGAGGAGCCUCACACGCCCCCUUUUUAAGCACUUCUCUCCACCGGGUCGAUUUCCCUCCAGCGGGAGUGUUUCUAAACUCUCAGCGACCUCCGUGACCCCCGUGUUCUGUCUGUUUCUGAAUGAGUAUAAAAGAUCCACGUCGCCUCAGUGUUGGUGUCUGUUGGUUUCAUUCCGAGCUGAAGAUGACGUGAUGUUUUGUUUUUGUUCCGUUGUGCAGCUGGUCGUCUCCGUGCACCGCUCCGACUCGACGCUCACGGAUCGUGUUCCCGUGUCGACGAGGAGCUCUCAGGAGCUCCGGGUCUUUGAAGCUGUCGUUCUUUAUGAAAUGACGUAAAUGGUGGAAAUGAUCCGUAGAUGUCUUUGAUCUAGUCGGCCGUGUUGUAAAUAUAAAUAAUAAGAAUGUGUUUUUCCUGCAGCGUUUUGUUAACUCACUUCUCUUAUUGAAGCGAUAAACUCAGCAGCUUGUUUGACCCGUUACAACAUGUGUGUUUAAUUUAUUCUGUACUUUAACACAGUUGUUCAGAUAUCGUCUCUUUUUGUUGGUUUUCAUGAUUAAACUCUUCCUAGGAU